AGUCUGCUCCUCUCUCUCUCUGACUCACUCUGUUCUCGGAUCGUUCAGGAGCUCUCCGUUUCUUCUUCUUCUUCUUCUUCUUCUUCUUUUUUUCGUCUUCCUCUCAGCACUCCUCUUCCUCUUCAUCCUCCAGCCGCAGACGUCAGUGGAAGGCUUUUAUCCCCUCUGAUAUUCAGGUUAAUCUGAUUAUGAAGAUUUCCUCUGAGACACCUCUUUGUCAAUGACGGCCAAGAUGGAGACUCCUUUCUACCACGAUGACUCCCCCGCCGUCCCCGGUUUCAGCCACAUUGCAGAGUACGAGCGCUACUCGGGACACAAGAUGCUGAUGAGUAAGAAGGCCAUGUCGUUGGGGGGCGGCCAUAACUUCUCUGGUGGGGGUGCAUCAGGAGGGAGAGGGACUCACGGGCACUUAGGGCUUGGUGGGAACAGCUCCCUGAUGGCUUCAGCAGCGUCCUCUGCAGACAUGAACCUGCUGAAGCUGUCAUCCCCCGAUCUGGAGCACCUGAUCAUCCAGUCCAACCAAGGACUCGUAACCACCAGCCCAGUGCCCAACGGAGCCAACCCCUUCCUCUACCGGAACCAGGCCACCAACGAGCAGGAAGGAUUCGCAGAUGGUUUUGUUAAGGCACUCGCCGACCUCCACAAACAGAACCAGCUGGUUGCCGGCAGCCCCAUGUCCCCACCUCCAAACUCCUCCGUCUCCCUGCAGGCGUCCUACCAAAGGAACCUGAUGCCCGGCGGAGACAUGCCGGUCUACACCAACCUCGGGAGCUACAACCACGGCCAGAUGGGGUACUCUGGGGCACAUAUGGGGUACGGUAGUGGGUCAAGUCACGGCAGCGGUGGAGCCCCUCAGGCCCACCCUCGAAGCCUGGACGCCCCUCAGACUGUCCCUGAGGUCCACCAUCCACCAGGCGACCCCACAUCACCGCCGUCUCUCUCCCCAAUUGACCUGGAGACACAGGAGCGAAUCAAAGCAGAACGCAAGAAGCUUCGCAACCGCAUUGCAGCGUCAAAGUGCCGCAAGAGGAAGCUGGAACGGAUCUCUCGUCUGGAGGAGAAGGUGAAGGUCCUGAAGAAUCAGAACUCGGACCUGGCCUCCACGGCCGCCAUGCUGCGGGAGCAGGUCGCUCAGCUCAAACAGAAGGUAAUGAGUCACGUCACCAAUGGCUGCCAGAUCGCUGUUGGGUCAAACGCCAAUGCCAAGUCUGGAGCUGGAGGAGGAGGAGGCACGGGCAGCGAGGACUCCAGCUGCUGAAGAGGCGGGGCAUCAGGAGAAUGACAGCUUGAGAACAACCCCGACAGGAAGAGUUGUCACUUUCAGAUUUUGAUGUUUCACUCGUCUCUCAGUCGGAACAAGCAGAGAAGAAGAAGAAGGUGUCUGCGACGCCUAAAUGGGACAGAUGGAUAUUUAACAGGAUUUACUUCGUCCAGUAAACACCUGUCAAUCAUCCAGCUGGAGGGGGCGGAGCUAAGAGGAAAGAGGGACGGAUUAAUCUCUAAUGUGGGCAAAAUUCUAAUUUGAUGAUUUGAAUUUUGGUGAUGCAGUCUAAAACAGUAACAGAGGCGGAUUAAAAAAGAAGACUUUCACGAACCAGAUGUUGUCUUUGAUGAGACCUGACUGAUUUAACGAACGGUAUCCAACACCGGGUUUUGUACAGUUUGAAACAUUAUUUGACGAUUGACUCUUUUUUGGACUUAAUCUGCAGAGGAAAUAUUGACGAUCAAAGUGGAUUUCUAAAGCACAAACAUGGUUUCAACAAAUUAAACUCUGAAUGAAGAUGUAUUACCUUUGAAGCAGAUUUUUGACAAGUUGUUGAAAGAGAACAGAGAAAAGAUGUCUCAUGGAUGACUUCAGAGGUAAUUUAUACAUCAGCAUCGAGUGAACGGAUCACUUUUUGUUACAGAGUGUGGUCGUUAGUUUGAAGUUUCUUGUCAUAAUUUACAACGAGUGGUUUCUGAACGCCUCAUUCAUGGCUGGAGCAGCGUUCGACUUUGUAAUUUGUAACUAAAAGUCAGAGGUUUUUGGUAAAUAUGGUGACUUUUGUUUGUGUUCGUGUUUUCUCUUUGUUGCUGCUGGAAGUUGAAUUCUUAAAAACACAUUUGAUAAAAACAAAGCUCCAUUAUCGUCCUUUUUUUGGUUAAGACAAUGUUUUUUUAUCAGGGUUUUAUUGGGCGGUAUCAUCAGGACUUGGAUACUCUCAAUUUUAGAUCUGCAAGUGAAGACAUCUGCAUGAUUUGAGCUUGAAUAAAUGUAAUGCCCUAAGCGAAUUCAUGCAAAUUAAAGACUCAGCAUAAUGAUUAAUAAGGCUGUCAAACAGUUAAUAUUUUGAAUCGUGUUUUUAACCCCCACCGUUUUGCACUUACAAAUAGUUUUUAAAUCCAUAUAUUUUGAUCUGGGAAUUAAAAUAAUGCAAUGAAAGAGUCAUUAUGAUCUUGACUUUGAGAUAAAUGGUGCACUAUGUGGUCUGAAACAAUGACUUAGAGUGAGGAGACAGCAUCAAAUGGUUUAUUCUGUCAAAUAAAGGUUUUAUGUUUCAUUUUUAAAGGAUAACACUGUUACACAUUAAGACAUUAUUACUCACUGACGUCUAGUGAUUCCUGGUUAAUGCAACAGUAUUUGCACUUUUCAGGAGUUCCAGUGUGGUUGAUUUAUCUGCUUCAUGGAGGUCCUAUAUGAGUGAAACUAUUGAUCUCUGUGAUAAAAAGGCAUGAGUAAUCUCAACAGGCCAACCUGAGGACGUCCCUUAGAUCCGAGCCACAGGUCUGUGGUCUGAUGAGGUGCACCUUUAUGCUUAACUCGUGGGUGGUGGCUCAGACUCUGGGUGCUUCAGUUAUAUUUUCAUUUUGUUGACGCAAAUUGCAGAUUAUUCGUCAAUGUGAGCCGUCAACAAGUUUUCAAUCGAAAGGCUCUGUUGUGAUGUUGAUUAUUUCUAUCAUGGCGGCAGGACAAACAGCAACAUGUGCCUGAAUGGACGAAAAAAAGCAUGUGAUCAAAAAGAGUAACGCGUUCAUUUUGGAUCCCCGUGAUUAGCGCGUUAACAGUGAAAGCUCUUAUAAUCUCUCCUUUUUAAAGUAAUUAUAAGUUCCUGUAAAGUGCAAAAGGUUCAACUUGUUAAUCUAACAGCAGAUAUUGUCAUAUUGUUUACCUUUCUCAAGUGGGAUUAUUUUGCUAAAAUGGAGAUGGAAAAAGUCAUUUCAAGUGUUAAUAUCUCCUUUACUGAAAGUAACACUGUGUAAAAAAUAAAUUUACUUUUUUAUCAUUUUAAUUUGAAAAUCCAGUCAAGUAUUUCUGUCCAGUUUUUCUACUGUGGGGGUAAAAUUUAAUUCCUUCCAUUAAUUUUAUUUUUUUAAGGUUUAUAUGGGAGAUGAUGAAAACAAGAAAGAUUAUUAAUGUCAUGAGACAACCUGCCAAUUCAUAAAUAUUAAUUUAAAUUAUAACAACUAAUUCUGAGUUGUAAUGACAAAUGUUUCUGAGUCACUGUGUUAUUGUCUGAAAUAUUUCUUAAAAGCUCUGUGAGGAGUUUUCAUGUUUUGUUGAUUGUGGCUACCCCUGUGGAGGAAAACGGUAGUGCCAAGUUAGCAGUGUGCAGACUUUAUUCACUGCACCAGUUUUAUUAUCAGGAGAUGGAUUUUGGCUUGCGAGAAAAAAACCCACAGGAAAAAAAUACUUGUAGAACAAUCAAACGCUGAACAUGACAUUUUGUUUAUACAAAUAUAUAGUAAAGUUUGGGUCACCACAGCUUAUGCUCAUGAUGACUUAUAAUAGUAAUCAAUCCCUUACAUGUCUGAUAACAUAUAAUCAAAAUGAGAGGUUUAGAAAAAAUGUUGGAAAUCAUUGAACAAAUAUUUAUUUUUUUUAACUUGAACGAGGCUUUUAAUGUCUCUGAGUCUAUUUUUGUAAAAAUGUAAACAUGAUUAAUUUCCUGAGAUGAAACAUGUGUGUGCAAAGUGUUUGAUUCAAUCGAACGCUUCAUGUCUUUAUUUAUUAUGAAAAUGUAUCUUUUGUUAAAAGGAAAAACUUGUUUAUUUGCCUCACACUGUUCUGCUGUGCUGAGAUGUUUGUGUCAAUAUACAGUAUAAGUGAAAAUACUCGUCUGUGUUUGGUUUGUAGCUUGUUAAUCCAGAGCUGAAAGAAUGAAGUGCAAUUUACUGUAAGGUAAAAUAAUGUGGGUAAAGGAUGAAUAAUCCCUCUAAAAUAAUCCGGAUCAAUUUUUCAAACAUGCAGAGCUCCACCUGGGUUUUUAAAUUUUUCAUAAACAUCUUUGCAGGUUUAACUGGGAGUACUGAGUCUGCAGGGAGGCAUGGAGUCAAAACAUAAAACAACACCACACCUUUCUGACCACAUUCCAGAAAUAUAACAAUUUAAAUUCUCUCCAUCAACAGAAAACCACUUUAAAUUGGUUUACUUCCUGUUGACUGGAUAAAUCUCAGUUUGACCAAGAUCAAUCCUCGAUGCACCCAGAAGUUAAUAGAGGUCGGGAUCUCCUGGGGUUGCAAGAUGCCUCCCAUUGCAUCCAUUUUUACAACAGUGCAUAUUUUAUACAUUGUUGUAAAGAAAUAUUUAAAAACAGUAAUAAAACUCUAAAUAAAA